GCCUCUCAGAGCGGGACGGAGGGAUCGUGUCCGGCCGGGCGCGGAGGCUGGGCUCUCUGAACGGACAGAUGAGGACGACUCGCCAUCCGUACUGGACGCAGGCUGCCGCAGGAUGGAGGCUCACAGGCUGAACGGCUCUUCAGAUUCGAGGAUGCAGAAGGCCAGCCCGCUGCCGCACAGUGCCAGAAAAAGCCAGGAGAACCUGUUUGGAGUGAAGGUUCAAGUUCAGGGCAUUAAAGGUCAACCUUAUGUUGUUCUGAACAGUUCUGGCCAUGAAACCCAUAAAGACGUUUCUGUCAUAACGCACCAGGCGGGGUACAAUCCUGGCAUGGUGAGAAGGUCUGUGGAUGGAAGAUGGUCUCCAUCUGAGACAAAGAUAUCUACAAAUUCCUCUGCGCUUCAUUAUCAGAAACAUCCUGAGAUCCUGAGACCUUACGACCCUGAAAAUAAUAACUUAGAUCAUAUCACUCCUCAAAAUGACCCUCGAAAGGCUGGGUUUUCUGCUGAGACAACUAGAUCUGCUCUUGUAGACAGACCUAGGAUCCCUCUGCCUGUGGGAAGUCCAGCAGAUGAUCUUUCUGAAGUGAUCCAGAGUGAGAUUCCUCCCUCAAGCGGACAAGUUCCUGCGCAGUCCCCGAGCUCAGUGGAGACAGACUCCAUUAUGUCUGUAGGGAGACUCAUUAGCCAGUUCAACAGCAACCUGAGGAGAGGAAGGGGUCCGAGGAACAAAGUGGAUCCAGAAGCACUCCGGAGGUCACGCAGCGUAGACAACAGUCGAACCUCAGACUCCUCUUCCUCGUCCCCUUCAUCCUCAAGGUCCUCAUCUCUGAAGGGCAUCAGGGGCGAAACCACAGCUGGGAUGUAUCCUCCUGGUUCUGCCAGGGCUCGAUUGCUCUCUAGAGAAUCCCCGUUAACAAGCACAGUAGAGGAGAGUAGGCCAAACCCGAAGUUAAGCAAAGACACAGUUUCACAGCAGACUGCCAAAGUGUUUCACAGAGCAGAGACCCUUUCUGUUUCUAAACCUCGUCUGGAUCAAAGUGUGGAAUCUGAACAAAGGGACGCACCGGUUACUCCUGAUCUUCUGAGAGGACAGCAGGAGCUCUCAGCUGAUCCACCUGAAGAUGCAACAAAGCUCAUUUUGUUCACGUACCUGAAAAAUGGGACAACUGAUGAUGAUUUCACCGUUCAAAGAAAAGUCAACUUGCUGCUGAAAAGAGUCGACAAAUUAAAGUGGAGGACGGCUGAAAGCACAGAAGACGAGGAGAGAGGCUAUGAAGCGGAGGUGAAACUGCUGCAGGACAAACAAGCAUCUCUGGAGAAAGAAGUGUCACAGUUAAAGAAAAAAGUAGAAAUUGAGAUUAAGAAUGAAAUGACUUUGGCAAAGGCCUUUGAGAAAGCAAGGACUGAGAAGAAGAAACUUCAUGAGGAGCUGGUCAAGAGUCAGGCGGAGAUCCGCAACCUGAGGGACAAGCUGGCUGUCGUAGAGGCAGAACUUCAGUCCACUAAACACCAGCUGACUGAAAUGAAAACAGAAAAAGAAAGAACAAAGGCAGAGAUGAAAGACCUUCAGCAGCAGCUCUCUGACAUGCAUGAUGAGUUGGACCAAGCCAAGAAGGCAGAUGUGAUACACACAGAGAAAGAAGUGCUUCUCAAGGAUUUGGCCCAACUGCGGAUAGACUUCCAGGUGAUGCUUCAGAUGAAAGAGGAACAGGAGGAGGUGCUGCACCACGUGGAGAGGGAGCUCAAGGAUCUGAAGGGGGCAUUUAAAGAGGAGACAGAGACUCAUGACAAGUACAUAGCUGCACUGAAGGAUGAAUACGAAGUGGAGCUUAGAAAUCUUCUCACAGAUUUGGAGCUAGCUACGGAGAGAAAUUCUCUGCUGGGUCAGGAGAAGGUUGAAGCUGAGCAAGAGAGAGGUGUGGUUAAGGUGCAGAUGAAGGACCUGAGUCAGGAGAGAGAUCAGCUGAAAGGAAAAGUGCGAGAUUUAGCCAGCAAGGUCGAUCAGCUGAGUCAGGCCAUCCAGGAAUCCAAAACCACAGAGAGAGUGAUGGAGCAGAGAGCAAAGCAGCUGGAGAGGGAAAAGCAGCAGAUGGAGGAGAUGCUGAUGGAUGUGAGGAGGAAUGAGGAAGAGAUGUGUCAGUCAAACAAGUCAUUACUCUCUCGUUUGGAGGAUGUUCAGGGUAAGCUGACCAAACUAAACCAUGAGCACAGGGAACUGAAGGAGAAGCUUAAAGAAGAGAGGAAACAAAUUGAGGAACUGUGGAAGACAAAAGCCGAGCUGGAAGAUGAGAGGAGGCUGCAGGACAGAGCUAUGGAGCAACUGCAGAGAAAGAUGAAUAACAUCAUGGAGGAGUGUGAGGCAUCCACAGACGUGCUUCAGAACCAGGUUGAUGAGGCCAGAGAGAGGAGUCAGAGGGAGUUGGCUGAACUGCGGAGGCAGCUGCAGGAAAAGGGAGCAGAGCUGGAGAAAGCCAGACAGGCAGCUAAAAAACUGCAGGAAGAGCUGCUUCCUCUAGAGGACGAUCUGCAGAGGUGUCGCAAGGAGCAGCAGGAGGCCCAGCUGAGGGGCCGGCAGCUGGAGCAAAGGGUGGAGGAGCUGGAGGAGAGGAACACGGCCGUGCUGGAGGAGCGAGAACGACAGAUCAAACUCAUGGAGGGACGUAUGAGUCAUCUAGAAGAAGAUCUGAACGAUGAACGCAGUAGCGCUGACCGUCUCAUGGAGAGAUUAGACAAAACCAAAGAACAAAUGGAUCAGCUGAGGAACGAACUGCUCCAAGAGAGAACGAUCAGGCAGGACCUGGAAUGUGAUAAGAUGAGCCUGGAGAGACAGAAUAAAGACCUUAAAGGCAGAUUAGCUCAUCUGGAAGGAUCACAGAAGAACAACCAGGAUUCAGUCAUCUCUAAAUUGAACGGUCGAAUCCAAGAGCUGGAAGAGAGGCUGCAGGGAGAGGAGAAGGAGAACAACAACAUCCAGCAGGCAAAUCGUAAGCUGGAGCGCAAGGUGAAAGAGCUAAAGAUGCAGGCAGAUGAGGAGCGCAUAAACCUGCAGAGCCAGACAGACCAGCUCACUCAGAGGCUGAAGACGGCGAAGAGGCAAAUGGACGAAGCAGAUGAAGAGAUUGAACGUCUGGAGCAUGCAAAGAAGAAGCUGCAGAGAGACCUGGAUGAGCAGAUUGAGGCCAACGAGCAGCUUCAUGGCCAACUUAGUGCUUUGCGAAAUGAGAGGAGGCGUAAGAAGAAAUCAGCGUCCAUCAUUAAGGUUAUGGAGGACGAUGCAACUGACGCGGAUGACUUAGGAUCCGACUGAGCUGUGAACUGGACCGAAAUCUUUGUGCUUAAAGCAAUGCUAAACUUACUGUGAACAAAUAAUUCAAUGUGACUUUUAACUCAUGGAUAAACUACAUUUUUUCCUAAUUGAAAUGCCUUUGCCAAUACUGACCUCUUGUGGGAAUUCGUGUUACUACAAGUGUUAAAGCAGCAGACGGACUUAUUAUAAUGAUUUGUUUUUAUAAAUUAUCCUGCUUCAGUUGAAUUAAAAAACUCAUUGUGGAAACUGUACAACAAAUAAUAAAAUGCAUUAAAUGCUUUUAUGACA